AUGUCGGGACAGAGGAUCCUGAGAAGGUUCCCUUUUGCCCUGAGCCUCGGCACUGAUAUUUGUCAUGUGACUCGAAUUCGCAGAAUCUUGGAGUCUUCCAGAGGAGCUCGCUUCGUCCAGAGAAUUCUCAACGAAAAGGAGAGAGCGCAUCCGAAGAUACGAUGUCUCCUCAACAACGGUCCCUAUCACGGCAAGGCGCAGGCGGCUAGCAGUCAUGACCAGACGACAGACCAUCAGAACAGCUUUAUGGCGGCCAAUAAAGAGACACUCGGUUUGUCGAGGGCUGGGCCAAGUCUAGAGGAACUCCAACUCGCGGCCACAUUCAUGGCUGGAAGGUUCGCCGCAAAGGAGGCAGUCAUCAAAGCUCAUCCGCAAAGGAAUCUCACCUGGCAUGGUAUUACCAUAUCACACCAGGCCUCGACCCAUGUCGACAGGAACGGCGCCCCGGUAGCUAUUAUCCAGGGUACCAAUGAGGACUACGAGGCCCUCAUCAGCAUCAGCCAUGAUGGAGAGUACGCUACCGCCCCCUGUGCAACAAUGUGGACUGCCGAACACGAUGGAAGCCACAAGGGACUCCAUGGAUGGACCUGUCUGCCCAACGAGCCUGAGGAUUCUAGUCAUCUUGAGCUGAGACAAGAUGAGAAAAAAGCUCGCACCUUUGCUGCGACGAUGGUACCUCGACUGUGGGCUUCGGCCAUCACACUAGCCUCAUCUUUCUACCUGUCCAGUUGUUUGCAUAUUCCGCCCAGCGCAAUCAAUGGAUCCCUUCGAUGUCAAUAUGAUUACAUUGUUGUUGGCGGUGGUGCUUCGGGUUUAGUCGUGGCAAACCGACUCAGCGAAGACCCUGAUGUAACGGUUUUGGUGCUCGAGGUUGGGACUCUAGAUACGGGAGGGGCGAAGGUGACAAUUCCAGCGGAGAUAGGAGACACCCUCUGGACGGACUACGACUGGAAGCUUCAGACCGUUCAACAAGAGUACCUCGAAAACAGAAAUGUCGUUUUCAACCAAGGUAGAGUCGUUGGGGGAGGCACAAUUCUUAAUGGGAUGGUGUGGACCCGAGGAUCAGCCAGAGAUUACGAUGCCUGGGGAGAUCUCAACGCUGUCAAAGGCCAGACAAAUGCGUACAACUGGCGGUGGAAAGACCUUCUUCCUUACUUCCAGAAGAGCGAGAACUUCACUGCGGACGUUGAUGUUGCGGUCUCAUCAGAACUCCAUAUACAUCCCAACACGGAAUAUCAUGGAGAAGAUGGACCUGUGUCUGUUGCCUUCCCUCGAUUCUUUUACAACCAGUCUUCCGGCAUGACAGAGAUGGGAUUGCCCAUCGUGUCUGAGCCCAACGAUGGGACGUGUGUCGGGGCUAUGGCAAACCCCUCAAGUCUAAACGCACACAACCAGUCGCGGUGUGACAGUCGCACAGCGUAUCUCGACCCUGUGAUAGAUCGUCCUAACCUCCAUGUUGCGACGGAACAGAUGGUUACAAGAGUUCUUCUGGAGGAGGUUGAUAACCCGAACCCUGGCAUUGGUGAGCCUUCUUUUAGCCAGCUACAGAAGGCAGUGGGAGUUGAGUUCGCGCGCUCCCAAUCUAGCCUCAAGACAAAUGUGACCUGCUCGAGGGAAAUCAUCCUAGCAGCUGGUGCCAUCUUCUCACCCACUCUGUUGCAAAUAUCUGGCAUCGGCCCUGAAGACGUGCUUCGAUCUCUGAACAUACCCGUGAGAGCAAACGUUCCUGGUGUCGGUGCCAAUUUUCAAGAUCAUGAUACCAAUGUCUCUUUAAUCACCGCCAGAACUGUCGAGGCUAGCAGUGCCUCCUAUGCUGCCGCUCAGAAUGAAUACGAAACAAACCGCACAGGGCCUCUGACUGCGCCUAUGAUCAGCACAAUCGCAUUCCCAGCCAUGAGACACUUUGCAGAUGACUGGGUCGAGCUCAUCGACGCCGCCGACCAGCGCGACAUCAACCAGACAUUGCCACCAGACACGCCUGCAUCCGUGAGGGAAGGCUAUAUCGCUCAGCGCAAGUACCAGAUCCCCUUGCUCCGCAACCCCACCGAGGGCGCCGUCGAGAUCCUGGGUGACUCCAUCGGGACUCUGUCCGUGGCGAUGCAGCGGCCAUUGUCCAGAGGAACCGUCCGGCCGAAAUCGCAGGACAUCUUCGACCUCCCACUCGUCGACCCGCGCUACUGCUCCGAGCCCUUCGACUGCCUUGUCCUGGCGAGGGCACUGCUGUUCAAUUGUGCGCUGAUCAAUACAAAUGCGAUGGCGGAGCUGCAGCCCGUGGUGCAAGAGCCAUACUUCUGCCCGAACCUGUCCGACUCUUCCAACUUCGACCGGAACGUGACGGAUAGCAGGAUGCUAGACCUAGCAAAGCAGUACCUGGCCACGGAAUUCCACCCGUCAGGCUCCACGGCGAUGCUGCCUUUGGAUCUGGGCGGGGUUGUGGACACUCGACUCCGAGUGUAUGGCACAGAGGGCCUGCGAGUUGUUGAUGCUGGCGUGAUGCCUAUGGUGCUCGGUGCGCACCUGCAGGCUGCUGUCUAUGCGAUAGCCGAGAGGGCUGCUGAUAUUAUUUCUGAUGCUGAUGUGUCUGGUGGUGUAGAUCCGGACGAGCCUGGUUGUCCCGGAGUAGGAUGA